GGGAAGUGAAGGGGUGGAGCGUUAUGAGCCUUCUGGCACACUAACUGAAGGAACCAGAGUAACAGGUCUGAUUAGGAAACACCGGAUGCCUAUACCAUGAAUCCUGGAAAGAGACAGCUUAGACUGGGAGUGAGGAGUUAGACAGAGGAGAGGAAAGUAGAGGACAGGAGCGGAGAGGAGUGACCAGAACCCUACGCUCUACUCUACCCCUACCGGCUGCUGCGGUGCCACUCUCAAACCCCACUGUGAUAUUCCACAGCCAGGCAGGAACCAUGCCGGCCCUGGCCACCGGAUCUGGAAAUGACUCAGAUCUGUAUGAGCUGCUGUCUGCCCUGCCCUCCCAGCUCCAGCCCCAUGUUGACAGCCCAGACGACAGCACCUUUAUACACGACAUGUUCGGAGAGAGGAGCCUCCACUCGCUGGUCAAGAUCCACGAGAGGCUGCAGCACUAUGAGGAUCGUAGUCCUGCCCCCGUCCUGGACAGCGCAGGGUCCCUAGCCACUGACCUGUCUGAUGAACUGCAGGUUAAAGGUGCCAGUGGAGGAAUCAGAGAGCUGCUAAAACUACUGGCUAAACCCCACGUCAAGAGUCUUCUGUCCGUCCAUGACACGGUAGCCCAGAAGAGUUAUGACCCCGAUCUGCCUCCGCUGCCCGAUGACAUCGAUGAUGACGAGGAGUCAGUGAAGAUCAUACGGCUGGUCAAGAACAAGGAGCCUCUCGGAGCCACAAUAAAGUGUGAUGAGCACACAGGAGCCAUCCUUGUUGCCAGGAUCAUGAGAGGUGGAGCUGCAGACAGAAGUGGUCUGAUCCAUGUAGGGGACGAGCUGAGGGAAGUGAACGGGAUUCCUGUGGAUGACAAGAAGCCUGAUGAAAUCCUCCGCAUUCUGGCCCAGUCUCAAGGGGCCAUUACGUUUAAAAUAAUACCAGGUAUCAAAGAGGAGGCGCCGAGCAAGGAGCCCAAGAUGUUUGUGAAGACACUGUUUGACUACGAACCAGCGGAGGACAAAGCCAUCCCGUGUAAGGAGGCGGGCCUGACCUUCAAGAGGGGAGAUAUCCUUCAGAUCAUGAGCCAAGAUGAUGCAACCUGGUGGCAGGCCAAACAAGACAGCCAUGUCAACCCCCGCGCCGGCCUCAUACCCUCCAAACAGUUCCAGGAGAGGAGAUUUGCACUGCGUCAGCCCGCCGCCCAUGUUUUUCAGGCCCAGAAGAUCUCCAACAGAAGAUCAUCUGGUUUUCGCCGGAGCUUCCGCCUCAGCAGGCGAGACAAGAAGACCAACAAAUCCAUGUAUGAGUGUAAGAAGAGUGAGCAGUACGACAUGGCUGACGUGACCACCUACGAGGAGGUGACUCCCCACCGCAGGCAGAGUGGGGCCAAGCACAGGCUUGUGGUCCUCGUCGGUCCCGCGGGGGUAGGUCUAAAUGAGCUGAAGAGGAAGCUGCUGAUCUCUGACCCCCAACACUUCAACGUCACCGUGCCACACACCAGCCGGCCGAAGAGAAACCAGGAGAUUGACGGGGUGGAGUAUCACUUCAUCUCCAAAAAUAUAUUUGAGACGGACAUCCAAAACAACAAAUUCGUAGAGCAUGGUGAGUAUAACGGGAACUACUAUGGGACCAGUCUGGACUCUGUGCAUUCUGUCCUGUCCAAGAACAAGGUGUGCCUGCUGGACGCUCAGCCUCAUAUGAUAAAGCACUUGAGGACGGCAGAGUUUAAACCCUAUGUGGUGUUUGUGAAGCCGCCGCCCAUCGAGCGCCUGCGGGAGACCAGAAGGAACGCUAAGGUCAUCUCAGGCAAGGACGACAAGGGAUCAGCCAAGCCAUUCUCGGAGGAGGACUUCCUGGAAAUGGUGAGCACCGGCCAGCAGAUGGAGAGCCAAUACGGCCACUUGUUUGAGAAGGUGAUCGUCAACGACGACCUGACAGCAGCAUUCAGUGAACUGAAGGUGGCUCUGAAGAAGGUGGAGACAGACACUCACUGGAUACCCAUCAGAUGGACUCACUCCUGAGAACCAC